AUGGCUUCUUCUCAUCAAAUGUACAAGCUAAUGGCCAUUGCAAUUCUCUUAAUCUCCUUCACAUUAACUACUCUCGCUGAGAAUGCUGAGCUCUCAAGCGUUACACAAUGCAAAUCCGGACCACAAGCAUCGCUUUGCCACAACAACAAAGAAUCGAAGAAACUCAAAAUCAUAGCAAUUUUUUCGAUCUUAGUGGCAAGUAUAAUUGGUGUUUCUUUACCCUUGUUUACCCAAGGGGUUCCGGCGUUAGGACCAGACCGAGAUCUUUUCGUAAUCGUCAAGGCAUUGGCCUCUGGAGUGAUCUUAGCCACAGGUUAUAUGCAUGUAUUACCUGACUCUUUUAACAAUCUCAAUUCCCCUUGCUUGCCAAGAAAUCCAUGGAAGAAGUUUCCAUUCACAACUUUUAUCGCUAUGCUCUCUGCUUUGAUGACGUUGAUGGUGGAUUCUUAUGCCAUGAGUUGGCAUAAGAAGAGAAUAUUUCUUAAGUCCCAAGAAAAUGUCGUUGAAACCCUAGAGAAUGGAUCAAAAGAAUUGGAGAGAGAAAACGGAACUAUAGUUGAGGAGGACGCAAACACUCAGCUUAUUAGGCAUCAAGUCAUUGCUCAGGUUUUGGAGCUAGGAAUUGUAGUGCACUCUGUUGUAAUCGGUCUUGCAAUGGGAGCUUCAGAUAACAAAUGUACCAUACGCUCUCUCAUCGCUGCUCUUUGCUUUCAUCAGUUAUUUGAAGGCAUGGGACUUGGCGGUUGCAUUCUUCAGGCACAAUAUGGAAAAAAAACAAACUGGAUAAUGGUGGUUUUUUUCUCGGUGACGACACCAUUAGGGAUCGUUCUAGGGAUGUUGUUACAAACUGUAUAUAGCCCGGCGAGUCCAACGGCAUUGAUUGUGGUUGGUGUUUUAAACGCGUGUUCGGCCGGUUUAUUGAACUACAUGGCACUUGUUGAUCUAUUGGCUGCUGAUUUUUUGGGACCAAAGUUGCAAGGAAAUAUGAAGCUUCAGACACUGGCUUAUGUUGCUGUUUUUCUUGGUGCCGGAGGAAUGUCUUUGAUGGCCAAGUGGGCUUAG